AUGGCUUCCAACUCGUCGCCUCGCGACGCGUUCUGGCGCUCUAUCAACACCGCCUGGGUACGCGUUGACAAGCGUGAUUCCCUCCUCGCCCUUCUCGAGGCCGAGACGCCGGGUCAGUUAAUCGACGCGGCUGCCGCCCUCACCCGCCUACUUCCCAACAUGCUCAGCAUUCUAGAAAGCACCCUCGAGACAUACACGUCUCCACAGCUCUGGUCCUGGAGCGUCGAGUGCAAGGGCGCCGUCAACGAACUCCUCAGCACAGAGGCCAACGUCAUCCUUGGGUCGUCGCAAUGGGAGAACAAGUAG